CGAAGUCAGAUCAGCAAGCAUUUCAGAAAACUAACUUCACAAUGGAUUUAUUUAUUAUUUCGCUAUUGAUAAUCAGUUGUCUGAAUAUAUACUCGUGCGGGUCCAGUCCUGAUCUACCUGGAAAUAUUAAAAAAUGUGCGCUUGCGGAUGAGAAGUGCCUGAUGGACAGCAUGAAUUAUGUGAUCAAGAAUUUCGCUACGACAGGCAUCAAGGAGCUGGGUUUAGCUAAAUUGGAUCCACUGAAUAUCAAGAAGUUCAGCCUUGGCAAAAAUCCCAAUAGUCCGGUUAGCGUCGAUCUGAGCUUUAAUAACGCGGAGUUGCUCGGUCUCCACGAGGCGCGUGUAAGGCGAAUAACCUCCUUCACGAGCGAUCUUAGUCGUCCAGUUGUUUUCGAUAUGGUCUCCCCCAAAAUAACGCUCAAAGGUCCUUACAGCAUAGAAGGCAAAGUUUUGAUACUGCCUAUUGUUGGAAAGGGUAAAGCGGAAAUUAUUCUAGAAAAUUGUAAGGUAAGCGCUGUUGCGAAAUUCGUACCUGUGUCCAAGGGUCCGCAGGAGACCUAUGCGAAGGCGACCGAACUAAAGAUGAAGCUGGAGCCAUCACGCGUUUCUUACAAGCUAGAGAAUCUGUUUAAUGGCCAGAAGGAUCUUAGCGACAAUCUCCACAUUCUGAUCAACGAAAACUGGCGCGAGGUCUUUAAUGAACUCCAGGCUGAUAUAUCCGGUGGUAUGAGUCUGAUCUUUAAGUCGGUUUUAAAUAAGGCCCUAUCCAAAUAUCCACUUGAGCAGCUCUUCUUAGAUCUUUAAGCUCUGACAUAUAUAUCAAUGCUUCAUAUUUUUUAGAGCUUUUGUAAAUAAGUUAAAAAAACAAUAAAUUUAAUCUGGAUUGACUGAUUUAUAGUUGCUUUUAAGAUAAGGCAAAU